CGGUUAGAAGGGAAAUAGCGCCCGCCCAGGGAAUUGGGAACGCUGGCGGUAAGUUUGAAGUGCGCUGGAAAACCGUUACUUGUCCCAGGAGGAAAAUCACGUUUGAUAGUUCAUAAAUCGGUGGUGGUUAGUGAACGUAAGGGGAUCAUAAACUCUAUCCCCAUUAUUUUUGUGACAUGUUCUACAAAGGAUACAAAAACAAGUGAAGACGGACUUUUUCCAUUAUAUAUGCCGUAGUGACGCAGCGUGGUUCAUUCAUAAUGUCUGCAAACAUGAUCGUCAUGCAAAAACAAGUGAAGAUCGAGGUUCAGAGCCCAGUGAAGCCCGAAGUUCUGAAGCCUUCGAACGCCGCCAACCUUCAGAACAUCACCAACAAACUCAACCAGGUGACGACAAGCAAGUCGGCCAUCACCAAACUAACCAACAAGACCGUAUUAGGGAGAGUGAACGUGAGGCUGCAGUCCGUCGCCCCGAAAUCGACGCCCACCAAAUCGUCCUCCCCCUCGUCGCCGCAAGCCACCAGGUCGCCCUUCAAGAUCCUCACGCCCAUCAGACCCUCCACGGCCCUCAGAGUGUCCUCGGCCGCCCCCGCCUCCCCCUCCUCCGCCACGCGAUCGCCACCGACCUCUUCAUCCUCUUUGGUCAAAACACCCACUUCUGUGACCUCCACCACUUCCUCUUCCUCUUCUACCUCGUCGUCGCCGGGGAAAUGCAGAAGAAGAAUCAGCUACAGCGAAAGCGUUCCUCCUUCGUCCACGAAAAGGAACGCCAGAGAGAGAAAUAGAGUCAAGCAGGUGUCUCAAGGGUUCGCCAUCCUCCGCCAGCACGUCCCCCAGGCGGCCCGCAAGAAGAAACUCAGCAAAGUGGAGACCCUUCGCUGCGCCGUCGAAUACAUCCGGAGUCUCCAGCUGCUCCUGGACGACCACCCUCUCCCGGCGCAGCCAGACACGGCCACCAGCUCCGCGGCGGCCGUCCACGCGCACCACCAGCAGCUGCAUCACCAGGUGUUCCUGCAGCCUCACCACCACCAUGCCUUAGAGCCGCAUAUCCUGAAGCUGCCGCUUGCCGAUGAGACCUUCCAAUCUCCCAGCACGCUGAGGUACGACGGCGUAGGAGGCGCCUUCUUGAGGACUUCCCCGUCCGAGUCCGAGGGCAGCCCUUCGCCCAGCCACUCCUUCUUCUCCGACAAAUUCUCUCCGCCCACGUCCUCGCCGAUGCCCUCGAGCGUGGUUCCUGCAGUCGUGAAGACGGAGAGCGUGGAAGGGCGGUGCUACGGGCGUGAGGAGCAGGACCUUUUAGAAGCCCUGGCAUGGUGGCAGCACAAUAUAUAGUGUUCCAUGGUGCAAGGGCGUUCCUACCAGCCAUUCAUUAAAUUGCAGAGUGGCUGCGAUUCGUGUGUGUUAGUCAAUUUCAAUUUUGUACAUAGAGGUUAUUUAUACAUCAGUGUGAGGGUGCGUUGGUUUUCGUAUGAAAGUGAGGUGGACUUUGUACACUAUGAUCCUAAAAACUAAAUUCAAAAGCUUCCUGUCCCCAUUUUGUUCAAUUUACAAGAAAAUAAUGAUUCCGAAAGUAGCUGGCGUUCUCGAAUGUAUAACUACAUUUGCAAGAAAGGCUGUGUUCCCGAGUACUUGUAUCCACACAGAGACAUCGGGUGUGCGUGAAGGAUUGGGUCCGGAGAGCACGAGGAAUGUCAGUGUAUGUUUCCAAAGACCCAAAAUGCGAAUCUCUGAACUGAUUCAAAUUUGCAUAAUUAAGAAAGGGCGUGGAACAUCGGAAGCCAUAGGGAGGGGGAGGAGGGGGGGCUCGUCAAUGGUUUGGCUUCGCCGAUUCAUUGUUGAAAUAGUUGUUGCAAUUGCAUAACAGCUGGAAUAAAAAGAUCAUUUCUUGCCCACUAUAAUCGUGUUUACAAAUGGGUGCAUACUUUGACGGGAAUACCUGUGAAUAUCCAUAUGUCGUGCACAAUUGCAAAUUUACAUCUUAUAUCUGUAUGACUGCAUGUGUACAUUUAUGUAUGUGUGUGUAUGUAUGUAUGUAUGUAUGAAGGUGAGCGUUAGAUUAGCCAAGCAUAUUACUUGAGCAAGAACCACAAACAGGACCUCCAUGAAUGCUGAGGAAGGACACGACGCCAACGCGAGGGUUCUCUUCGUCUCGCGAGGACCUCCGACGGGGCUCUGCGGGGGGGGGG